GCCCCCUGGAGCCGCCGCGCGCUGUCGGCCGCGGCCGCGCAGGCCGUCCCGUCCCCUGAGCCGCACCCCGAGGUCUUCUACAACCAGAUCUUCAUAAAUAAUGAGUGGCAUGACGCCGUCAGCAAGAAGACAUUUCCCACGGUCAAUCCGUCCACUGGGGAAAUCAUCUGCCAGGUGGCUGAAGGGGACAAGGAAGAUGUGGACAGGGCGGUGAAGGCUGCCCGGGCCGCUUUCCAGCUGGGUUCACCCUGGCGCCGGAUGGAUGCAUCCGAGAGGGGUCGGCUGCUGCACCGCCUGGCCGACCUGAUCGAGCGGGACCGGACCUACCUGGCGACCUUGGAGACUCUGGACAACGGCAAGCCCUACGUCAUCUCCUACCUGGUGGAUCUGGACAUGGUCGUCAAGUGUCUCCGGUAUUAUGCCGGCUGGGCUGAUAAGUACCACGGGAAGACUAUUCCCAUCGACGGGGACUUCUUCAGUUACACACGCCAUGAGCCUGUGGGAGUGUGUGGGCAGAUCAUUCCGUGGAACUUCCCACUCCUGAUGCAGGCCUGGAAGCUGGGCCCCGCCCUGGCCACAGGGAAUGUGGUUGUGAUGAAGGUGGCCGAGCAGACUCCACUCACCGCUCUCUAUGUGGCCAACUUGAUCAAAGAGGCCGGCUUUCCCCCUGGAGUGGUCAAUGUUAUUCCUGGAUUUGGCCCCACGGCUGGGGCCGCCAUCGCCUCCCACAAGGAUGUGGACAAAGUGGCCUUCACAGGCUCCACUGAGGUUGGCCGCCUAAUUCAGGUUGCUGCUGGGAGCAGUAACCUCAAGCGGGUGACCCUGGAACUGGGGGGAAAGAGCCCCAACAUCAUCAUGUCGGAUGCUGACAUGGACUGGGCUGUAGAGCAGGCCCACUUCGCCCUGUUCUUCAACCAGGGCCAGUGCUGCUGUGCGGGCUCUCGGACCUUCGUGCAGGAGGACGUUUACAAUGAGUUUGUGGAGCGGAGUGUCACCCGAGCCAGGUCUCGGGUCGUGGGGAACCCUUUUGACAGCCGGACCGAGCAGGGGCCACAGGUGGAUGAAACUCAGUUUAAGAAGAUCCUUGGCUAUAUCAAAUCUGGAAAGGAAGAGGGGGCGAAGCUGCUGUGUGGGGGAGGAGCUGCUGCUGACCGUGGCUACUUCAUCCAGCCGACCGUGUUUGGAGAUGUGCAGGAUGGCAUGACCAUCGCAAAGGAGGAGAUCUUUGGGCCAGUGAUGCAGAUCCUGAAGUUCAAGACCAUAGAAGAAGUCGUCGGGAGAGCCAACAACUCCAAGUAUGGGUUGGCUGCUGCUGUCUUCACAAAGGACUUGGACAAGGCCAAUUACCUGUCCCAGGCUCUCCAGGCAGGAACUGUGUGGGUCAACUGCUAUGAUGUGUUUGGGGCCCAGACACCAUUUGGUGGCUACAAGAUGUCUGGGAAUGGCCGGGAACUGGGAGAGUAUGGCCUGCAGGCGUACACAGAAGUGAAAACUGUCACCGUCAAAGUCCCUCAGAAGAACUCAUAAGGCCCACACCGCUUCCCCUCUCAUCCAGCGGCAGAAAGAGCAGUGAGAUUAGUAACACUAAGAAAACGGCCCUUCUAUGCUCAAAGCCUCAAAGGAAAUUUUCUCUCAAGCUCCCUUGGAUGAAGUCUCAGGAAGUGAAAUGACAAGGAGGACAGUGUAGAAUGAAGAGUAUUUGGGAAAAGCCUUUAAACUGCAACGCUAUUAGUAGCUUGGGUGGGGGUGGGGGUGUUUCAAAGGCAGAUGGAAACGCCCCAUCCUGUCCAUCUGACUCACUUCUGUAACUUUAGGGCGCAAGAAAAGGCUGUUGUUUACAACUGUUCCAACAAUUAGUGCUUUGCUUUUUAUUUCCCACUAAAUUUCAUUAAAAAUCAGUGCUGUCCAUAUACCAGAGACAUUUUGCGG